CACGUUGCAUCAUAAAGUCCUAACUCCUAACCAAAUAACUUCUCCGAUUCGCGUCUUCUACUUCCAAUCUUGUCUCUUCGACACAUCCUUAACAGUACUUCAACAGUCUCUCUUUCUGUUUUUUUUUUUUCUUCGCUUCUGCUGAAAAUCAUCUUGACCUGAAAAUUCGUAUACGAUCCGGCGAUGAGUUCGGAAUCGGAGGAAGCUGUCGUUGUGCCAAGGAACUUUAGACUGUUGGAAGAGCUGGAAAGAGGUGAGAAAGGUAUCGGAGAUGGUACCGUCAGCUAUGGUAUGGACGACGCUGAUGAUAUCUAUAUGCAAUCUUGGACCGGCACCAUCCUCGGCCCUCACAAUGUUUCUCCAGGUACAGAGGAAGCUAGGGCUGAUCCUAAGGGACCAGCUAAAUGUUGUGUGAUGUGAAAAGAGAGGUUGGGAAGCACUCAGCAAUUUGUAUUAUUAUAAGGGACAUUAAUGUAUAUAAACAUCAGUUGAAGCUUUU